AUGGUUUUCCUACGCCUGGAAGUCAAAGUGUUUCCGCGUACACAGAUUACUAGCCCGGGCUUUCUACGAAAUCUGAUGCCUGGCAGUGGAAACACCAGCCAAGAUGAGGACGCCGGAAAAAAAUACACAUCUUUUCUUUUGAUUGUUGAAAAUCCCGAGGAAACGACAUUGGCUGAAUUGGCUUGCAUGAUACUGGAUAAAUGGAAGGUUCUUCGUCCAGGUCAAGAACCGCCUGAAAUCAAAAAACUCGUCGACGAUGCGAACCCGUCUAUGGAUUUGGAGGUUGAUUUGACUGUUGCUAGUGUCUGGGUUGAUAUGGGCAAGGCACGCGCGGAUGGACAUGAUCAACGGGGAGUGGUUCGGGUUAUGCAAAUGCCUGCGCCGUAUGCUCCUGUACGAUUCCCUUCUGUUGUACAGGAUUGGGGGACGGCUACAUCGGUUGCUCGACGGAAACGUGUGAAGAUUAAUAAAAACGGCGCGAAUAAGUUUGCUGCGAUUCCAGAGGAGGGCUCGGAAAGUGAGCGUCUGUCUACUGAGCAAUUUUGUCCGGAUGUUCCAUUGAUAUCUGUUGAGAGCGUUGUUCCUGCUUCCGCGACAACGUCGCAGGCACCACAGCCGGAGGGGACAUCACAACCCAGCGUCCCUACAACGCCCCAGGGUCGCGUGCAGAGCGAGGAGCUUGGCGGAUCACAUAUUCGGCCAAGUCAGGCUAUCUCCCAUUCUGACCAUAUACUUGUACCCUCGCCAAACAUCAAGAAAACCGUUCAAGCACCUUCCACCCAGGGACAGCGUCGCAAGCAUGACUCGAGUCCAGAUCAAGACCGUCCUACGAAGGAACCCCGACUAGAACGGCAACCAUCAGUGCGAUCAGCAGUGCUAUCCCCGAGCGCAAAAGAGCAGAUACCGGAGCCGGCUGUCUUAACUAGCCCUAUCAAACGGGGUCGCAAGCCAUCAUUUGCGUCUCCAGUGCACGGCGCAACGCUUGCUAAAAAUCCUCCGCGAUCUUCCAAAGGUCUUGGUCUCGGUAUCACGAAGAGUCCUAAUAAGAAGAGAAAAGCUGCGGAGGACUUGCUUCCCCGGGCCGUUGCUCGUCAACUGUUCACUGACGAGCCAAGUGCUUACUCGCCUUCUCUUCCAGCUGGCCAAUCCUUUGAAUCUACACAAUUGGCCGUUUCUCCAAGUUUAGAUGGUGAUGACGAGAUUCCGCGCAACUUCAGCAUGUCCCAGCCCAUGCCUAAGAAGAAGUCCUUGAAAGCCAAAGAAUCGAGAUCUGUCAACUCAACACCCAGCGGGCCCAAGAACCCAGUCGACUCAGUCCUAAUCAAUGGCGUCGCUUACCCACCUGGGUACACCGAAGAGAAAGUUAGGGAGUUCCGCGACAAGCAGAAUUUGCGUAAGCUUGAAGAACAGCAGGAAUCAACGCGGCUCGCAGACCCAAACACGGCGCCUGAAGCAAAGAAACUCCUUGAACAGAUUUUCGAACAGCGAAGUAUCUUGUCGAAAUUGACAGGCAGAAGUGGUGGGACGCGGGAUAGAAGUGGCAGGACAACACGGACUACUGAAACGAAACUCGCUCGUUUGCGCAGCAGGUUGCAGAGAUUAGAUAUGAUGGAAAUAGAAGAGUUAGAGAAGGCAAAGGAAGACGUCGAAAUGGUCGAUGCACCCCCGUUGCCCGUUUCGAAUUCCCCCUUACGCUCGACCAAGGUAGUCCUUGACAAAUCAAAGGAAGUUGCUACCACUCAAAGCCCUUCUGCAUCCCAGAACGGAUCGAAUAAAAAGGGAAAGAAUGUGCCCGAAAAGGCCACCCCAUCCAAGUCUUCGGAAUCAAACGUUCAGACUAUUCCCGAAUCACCGGCAGAAGUCCCCUCUCGGUCAAAGCAAGUGUCGAGGAUAUUGCCAGAUAUCCCGACCCCAGACUGGCUACCAAGCUCAAAGACGUCUGGCAGUGCUUCUUCAAGACAAGUGAAUGAGGAGCCUACUCCCCAGCCAGUCGUGCUGAUUUCUGCGACCAUGCCCGAGUCUUCGCAGAAAUCUCCCGCUCCGAAGUCUACGUCUCAACAGACGAAAGAUGCGCCUACUAGCGCCCAGGCUUCGCAGAGUGCGUCGAAGCGGAAGACUACUAAUGACACUACGGGCUUCGCAACUUUACCUGCAAAUUCCAAGUCUAAGCCGCUCAAGUCUACACAGCAGGAGUCGACAGCAAGUCCCCAGCCUUUGCGGACUAGAUCUCAAAGACUUUCUUUGAAGUUGAUGUUGUCUGAUCCAACCUCAGUUUCUGAGACAACUAACGAGACAACCGAUCCAGUCGCCGCAAAAUCGACCCCAAAACAGUCAACACCCAAGGAAAGUCUCGCGCGUUCUCCGAGUCAAUUGGAACCAGAAGUGCCUGAACCUGUAGAGCAAGAACUUACUCCUACACAAUCUCAACUGGCUGAUCAGCUCAUUGACCACUUGAUGUCGACUGCAUCUGAACUCCCUGCUGACUCUGGGUCAGAAGUUGGCCCGGGAAGACGCCAAACAAGAAGCUCUGCUAAGAAUUUCCCGUCAACCCAGCCACUGCCGCAGCUACAGUCAAUGUCUAGUGGAUCGUCCCCGGUAUCGAAAGUCAAAUCGCCCAAGUCCGCUUCGAAGGUAUCGAAAACCGCCGCCAAGCCAGCCCCAAUCCGGGCUCGUGAUACACCAGCUGUCAACCCACACCCAUCCCAGAUAUCACCACUUGCCUUCCUUCCAUCGAAUCGUAUUAUUUUGCCAUCUUCAGUACCCAGGUCUUCAGUCAAGUCCCCUCUUCAGACUCAGGAGACUGCGCCGUCCUCUUCUCAGCCCGUUGCCGACCAGCAAUUAACACAAUUGAGCUCUCCGACUCUGCCCACUCCUGGCGAAAACCUCGCGAGCUCAUCCAAUACCAGAUUUGAGAAUAAAGACGACGACAUCAUCAUAAUCAGCGAAGAUGAAAAUCAGGGCGAAGACGACUCGUACGAGGGUAGCGGAGAGUCAAUCUUCGAUGGUCACAAAUCCAAAAAGCUUAAGACUAAUUCCAAUCAGGACUCUGAAGAUGAAGACUCAAGUUCGUCGGAAGACGACGACACGUUUUACUUUACGCGGAAGUCCGAUCUGUUUGAUGUGGAUGCUAUCGAGAGCCCUGAAGACCCAAAUGAAGACUUAGGAUCUGAGAAGCAACAGUCCGAUCCAAUUAACAAGAGAAAGGCCACUGAGGUUCUCCAUGAAGAAAGCUCAAGCUCUGAGUCGAGUUCUGAAUUGACAAGUUCUUCUGAGGAGGAUGAGUCGACUGAUCUUAUCGCUAAAGCCGAGCACAUUGAUGAAGCAAAAAUACCACACAAGGAAGACGACUCGAGUUCUUCGAGUUCUUCGAGCUCUUCGAGUUCUUCAGAAGAGGAUGAUUCAAAUGAUGAUAUUAUUCUUGGCAAGUCAAAGGAUGCGGAAAAGGAAAAGGACAAGGAUACGGUAAAGCAAUCCAGUGAGAAACAUGACUGGAGUUCUUCGAGCUCUUCGAGUUCUUCAGAAGAGGAUGACUCGAGUGAUGAUAUGCCUGAAAUCACUUCAAAGCAUGAUUCCACAAAAUCACCAGCCCCCAGGUAA